GACAGGAUCGCAUGGACACUUCAUGAGGAAUGACAGUUAAUAUUGAAAUACACUAUGAAGAUAAUUUAGUAGCGGCGUAUUGUUAGCUAUUUGUUAAGCCUAUCGCUGAUUAAGUGUAGACAAAUAUUCUGCGUGCUUAUUUAUGCAAGGUUUGUAACUCAAUAAUUGAGGGAUUCAGUCUUUUCAAACACAUAAUCCAACGUGUAUUACGUACGUUAUAGUAUUUCUUUGUCUUUUUAAUUGUUUUCGGUUAAUUGAUUGGCCUACACAUACACAUGGUAUUGUUUUGUGAACCACAUCCGUGUCGUUUUGGUUUUGAAGUACUUUGGGUGAGUAUUUCAAGAUAUGCGAUUAUCAAUAUGCACCCACCAGAUGCUGGCCAGAUCCGUGCAAAAACCUCACGUGCGUCUGCGCGUGCGAUCUACAGUCCCGCGUGCGUGCGUGUAUCAGUGUGUGUAAAUGCACACGCGCACGUGCACUCAUGGUACUUGCGGCGGUCGUGGUUGAGUGCGUGGCUUUUACUGGAGUGGGGGAAAACACGGAAGCCUACAUGUUGUGUUUUUUUUUCUUUCUCCGAGAAAACGUGGAGAGGAGAAGAGGAGGAGAGGGGUUGGUGGUGGGAGGGGUCUUGCAUGCCAGACGUCAUCGCCUGUGCCGAGGAGUAUAGGCUGUACUGUCAGCCUGGUGUCAGUCUGAUGAAGAUUGGCAUUCAGGCUUUGCGUGGAGAGCUGUGUGAGCGAUCAUCCAAAGGAGAAGAACGUACGUCGAGCGCUCCUGUAUUGCUGUGGGCCAAAAGCAACUCACCAGCAGUGACAAUGAUGGCCACCCAGAGUGUUCCUCCACCAUCGUAUCAGGACAGCCAACAGAUGACCGGCACAACCCAGCAGAGCUCAAAGACCCCGCAGGUCCACAUCCCAGCAGCCUCGGCGGCAGGCAACACACCCAUCAGCGUGACUCUGGACCCCCAGGCACAGCUGGAGUCAGACAAGAGGGCCGUUUAUAGACACCCCCUGUUCCCCCUGCUGGCGCUGCUGUUUGAGAAGUGUGAGCAGGCCACGCAGGGCUCUGAGUGCAUCACGUCGGCCAGCUUCGACGUGGACAUCGAGAACUUUGUGCACCAGCAAGAGCAGGACCACAAGCCCUUCUUCAGCGAGGACCCCGAGCUCGACAACUUGAUGGUGAAGGCCAUCCAGGUGUUGCGGAUCCACCUGCUUGAGCUGGAGAAGGUCAAUGAGCUGUGUAAGGACUUCUGCAACCGCUACAUCACCUGCCUCAAGACUAAGAUGCACAGCGACAACCUGCUUCGCAAUGACCUGGGAGGUCCCUAUUCGCCCACCCAGACCCUGUUGGGCAUUCAACAGGAACUAAUUCAGACCUCCUCCUCCUCCUCUCCACCCAUGACCUCUGUCUCCAGCUCUGUUAACGCCUCGGGGGUCCUGGUGCCCACCAGCAGCCUCCAGCAGGGCAACGUUGCCAUGACGACAAUCAACUCUCAGGUGGUAUCAGGAGGGACCCUGUACCAGCCGGUUGCCAUGGUGACAUCACAAGGGCAGGUGUUGACCCAGGGCCUGCCCCCAGGAACCAUCCAGAUUCAGAACUCACAGAUGAACCUUGACCUGUCGUCCCUUUUGGACAGUGAAGACAAGAAGUCCAAGAACAAACGAGGCGUGCUGCCCAAACACGCCACCAACAUCAUGCGCUCCUGGCUCUUCCAGCAUCUCAUGCAUCCUUACCCUACAGAAGACGAGAAGCGACAGAUUGCAGGACAGACAAACCUUACCCUAUUACAAGUGAACAAUUGGUUCAUCAAUGCUCGCAGGCGUAUCCUGCAGCCCAUGCUGGAUGCCAGUAACCCGGACCCUGUGCCCAAGGCCAAGAAGAUGAAAUCCCAGCACCGGCCCACUCAGCGCUUCUGGCCCGACUCCAUCGUGGCGGGGGUCCUGCAGACGUACCGCUCCCAGGCCGGCGCCCACGGCAACAACCCCCUGGGCAUGGACGGCCUGCAGCCCCUCCCGUCGGAGUCGGCCACCCUGGCAAUGCAGCAGGCCCUGAUGGCGGCCGACGACUCCAUGGACGGGACUGAGGAGGAGGAGGAGGAGGAGGAAGAGGAGGAGGAGGAGGAAGAGGAGGAGGAGGAGGAAGAGAUGGAGGAAGAGGAGGAGGACGGGCGGGAAGGACACGACCGAGCGAGGAACAUGAGCGGCGGCGGGGGAGGGGCGAGGACAGAGCGCAGCAACAUGGAGGACUUGGAGUAGGGAGUCACGCAGAGAGAGGAACACAAGUUCUCCGAUGAGUACUCUGACAUAGGUUUGAUUGUUGUUAUUUCACUUUUCAAGAACGUAAGCAAUGAAUGCAUUUCAUAUUGCUCUGGCUUUCUGGUAAAUCGUACUCGUUUCCCCCCCCGAGACGUUUUUGAGAUACGAUUGUUUACUUCAGGAUUCUUGAAAAUCAUGAAAAUCUGUCAUUCAUCACUUAGACCAAGCUCCUUUUUUUGUUUCUUGUUUUUUGAAGGUGAAAUAAAAUUAUUCAAUACUGGGAUAAAAUGUUAAGAUGGAAAUGCUAGCUUGUAGAGGAAGAAAAAGGCUUGAGCUCUGACCUCUACUCAAAGAGACACUGUCUGGCUCACAGCCAAGCGAUAGGUCAACCAUGAACCCACUUGUUAAUGUCCAGCCAGUGACCCUUUGGAAAACACCCUUCAGAUGAAUGCUGUUUCUACCGAUCGAUGGAACGGUUCAUGGAGACUAUAUAGAAGAACCUAAUCUUACAGCCAGAAUCACAACCGUCAACAAAAAGAGACACACAAUAUUCAUUUGUUAUUGAAUAUAGUCAUUAUGAUUUGUAUCCGUCAAUACGGUAGAAUCCAUAGAUACCCAUAGAUAGUGUUGUUGUUUUUUAUUUGUGGCUCAUGCUUAUCAAUUGAUCGAUCCAUACGUAGCAAUAUGCUGAGGCUGACUUCAAAAUAAAUUAUCCUGAUUGAUCACCUAUUCUAUCGAUGGGUAAUCAAGAUUAUUUAUGGAUAUAAUUGCCAUUUCUUAAUGUAAGAGAUCUCACGAAGAACGUUGGCGACAUUAGCUGAAUUACUUUGGUUGUUGAAUGCAAUGUGAACCGAAAGUGAGUACUAUGACUCAAAAGUAAAAAAAACAACUAAAAGCUAAAGUUUUAGUUUAUGAGUGGGAAGAACCUCAACGAAAGGACCUUGGUGGCUAUUCACCUUUUUACAUUUUUCACUCUCAAAACAAUACGCCCACAUGCACACACACACACACAUCUAUGGAGCUCACUGUAUGCAUUGACUUUUGGCCCCGAAUCACGUCUUCUAAAAUGGCCCCCAUGUUCCUCAGGUUUGAACAAACGAACAAUGGUUCUUCUCAUCAUCUCUCUGUUUUGGUUCGGUUGAGAACUUAAACCCCAAGAUGUCAAGCAAACUUUAUGAAAAUAUUGAUUUUCUUUCAAUUUCCUUCCAUGAACAAAACAACAACAAUGUAAAUCAGUGUAAACUGAGUGCACAAUGUAUUUAUAAUGGACUGUGUUUACUGGCUUCACAUAUUUAUAACUUCUGUUUGUUUUUUCUUGAUCUCAGCCGUUGGCUCACGAGACAAUGAUUGGUAGAAGAAUGUUAAUAUAACAUUUUCUUCUUGGAAUGAUUUCUAUAUCAGGGGAGUGCCUGUUUUGGUCUAGUUCACAGCAACAAACCUAACUUCAACCAUCGCCUGCAAACAUUGAUAUGAUUCUUGAACUGAGAUUACCACACAAAAAAAUAGCUUGUGCUUUUUUUGUGCUUUUCAAAUGUUUGGAUGUUAUUACAAAGAAACACAGAAACACAUCCUGUCCUUCCAAACGUAUCUUGUUACCAUGACAACAACGCUCUCAUCAAAAGCUGAGGUCACACAAUCAGAGUGGCAAACAAAACGUCGGGAUAACCGACAGAACCGGCAUCACAUCACAUGACUUUUUGCGAGAAAAUAAGUUACGAGAUUUUGCAGUCUCUUGAACUUAUCUCCUGUGUGAAGGACUCUGAAGAAAAAAAAAGAAAACAAACUGUGAAACCAUUUCAGUUUCAAACCUAAAGGAAGAUGAAGAAAAUGGAAUCACUCGUUUAUAAUGUGAAGAUUGCCUAGGUAAAAAUAACGAAAAAUCAUGAUAUUGAAUGUUCUGAUUGUUAAAUGUGAAGUUUGUCCCAUCGAUAUUCUUUGUUUGUUUAUUUUAGUUUUUUAAAUGGAUCUUCCAGAGCAAGUAACAUUAGGGAAUAUUUUUAUUUUGUUUAUACGCUUUGUUGUCAUAAUCUAUUGUGUCUCAAUAGACCAAUUGUAAUAAUUAAAAAAUGUAAGGAUACUGGUUCUGACUUUGA